AUGGAAGCUGUACAGACAUUCGGCCGUAAGAAAACCGCCACUGCUGUUGCUCACUGCAAGCGUGGUCAUGGUCUCAUCCGUAUCAACGGUUCCCCCAUCGAACUCCUCGAACCCGAGAUCUUGAAGUUCAAGGUCUAUGAAGUUAUCCUUCUCUUGGGUGAAGAGCGUUUUGCCAACACUGAUAUCAGAAUUCGUGUCAACGGUGGUGGUCACACCUCUCAAGUUUAUGCUAUCCGUCAAGCUCUUGCUAAGGCUAUCGUCGCUUUCUACCAAAAGUUCGUCGAUGAGGCUGCCAAGAAGGAGAUCAAGGAGAUCCUCGUUCAAUAUGACCGUACCCUCCUCGUCGCUGAUCCCCGUCGUUGUGAACCCAAGAAGUUCGGUGGUCCCGGUGCUCGUGCCCGUUUCCAAAAGUCUUACCGUUAA